AUGACUGACAAAGAGAAGAGAGAGAAAAGAGUAAGUUUUAACCCAGAGCCUAAAGUAUCUCUUGUAAGUACAGAUAAAGAUAUACAGACAUCAAAGGGCCAUGAAAAUACAUAUAGAUUCGAUUCAAGAAGAGACAAACUUGAUCUCAGAAGUAUGUUUAGAAUAGAUAAAUGUGUAAACAAAGAGAUCACUGAGGAUCUUAAGUAUUCAGAAUACACUACUGAGGAAAUGAAAGUAGAGGAUAUAGAGAUAAUAGAGAAUGUCAAUCAAACAAAAGAAAAAGCAGUAAAUCAAUUUUUUGAAAAACACGGUAUAAGAUUUUUGGAUAAUCAAUUAGAUGAUUUUAACAGAAGAGAGUCAAUAUCUAAGACUAAAAAUAAUGUAGAUCCAGAAUGUGUAUAUUGGUAUGCUUUUGUUAAAGAGGCUUAUAUAAAUCAUUUUGAUAACAUGACUAAAUAUUUAUUAGAACAAAAUAGUAGGUUGCAAUGUUUAAUAAAUGCAGAAGCAAGUACUUUAAAUGUAGAUCAAUUGGGCGAUUCUAUAAAUUUUAAGAAAUUACGUAAUGAAUCUAGAAAUCAAGCUAAACAAAAUUGGUAUGAUUAUAGGAUUGUUCAAGAAGAGAAUUUGGGAAAUAGAUUAGAAGAAAGUAAAAAUAAACUUUUAGAAAUAAUAGAAGAAAAGAGGACAAUAUUAGAAGCUAAGAAAGAAGAAUGUGAACUACUUGAAAAUAAAAACAAGUUUUUAUCAGAAAAAAACAUAAAAUUGAAAGAAUCAGUGAUUGAUGAAAAUGAAGAAGAAUUACAGAAUAAGGUUGAAGAGUUAAGAAAUAGAUUAUAUGAACAUAAAAGUUUACUAGGUUUAUAUAAAAGUGAUCUAUCUCGAAUUAAAAAUCAAGCAGAAGAAAAGAGAAGUAAAGAAGAAAAGAUUGCAAAAGAAAUUGGAUUUUAUAAAAGUGAGAUAGAAGAAUUAAAAAGUAUAAUAACAAUAAAAAAAGCAGAUAAAAACACAGUAGAAGCACUUAAAGAAGAAGUUAAAAAUUAUGAAACAUAUUACGGUCUUAAAUUUAUUAAGAUAUCAUCAGAUGUUUUAGUUUUUAAAUACUUAGAUAUACAAAUAAGUUGUGUUUUGGAAGGAUUGUUUAGAGUGUCAUCAUAUAAAAUUGAUUUUUUUGAUUCAGAUGAUGAAGUAUUUAAUACUUAUUUUAAAGACAAUUUAUUAAAUAAGAGUUUAAAUAGAAGUCCGGUAGUAGAAACCCCGAUUCAAGAAGAUAUAAAUGGAUCAAUAGUUGAGGAUCAUAAUAUUUAUAGAAGGAGUCUUAAAUCAGCUUUACAGAAAAAGCAACGUAAACAUUCAGAUAACUAUAUUAAUACAGAAGAUUUAGGUCAUUACAUCAAUGAUGUUACUUCAACACCUGUUCCUCGCAGAAUAUCAGUUGUACCGGCUAAAACACCAAGAGAAAAGUUUAUUAGAAAUUUUAAAAAAUUAAAUUUUGGAGAUGAUGCAUCAUGGGUUGAUCAAUUAAAUAGUUUGGCAGAGAAUAGCACAUCAAAAGAUGCAAUGGUAUUUGAAAAUAUUUACAGCAAAUAUAAAAAUGAAAGCAUACCAUUACGUUUACUUGUAAAUUCAAUAUUGUUUAAAGUAUCAUUUCUUAAUAAUCUUAAAAAAGAAAUAGAACUUUUAAGAGAUUCUAUUAAGAUAGACACUAUUUACACCAAUCAAAAGAUUUAUCUCAGGUUUUAUUUACAGUCUAUUGAUAUUAAACUACCAAAAGUAUAUGCUUAUAUUGAUGAGAAUUUAAAUUUAUUCCAUGAUAGCAAUUUUGUUUGUAAUCUUUUACAAAAGUUGAAUGGACUUACUAAUUUUUUAAUAAAAAUUGUUGAAAACAAAUAA